GGCGUGACGUAUUAGCUAUAACAUCCCAAACCAGGAAGUGAAAGUGAACGUCGAAAAGGGCAGAUUUGGUUGAUAAUUUUCAUUCCGCCUUUUUAUGGCAACGGGCAACUGGGAUCCCGACGCCGUGAGAGUCACGACAUUCCGCGGCGAGCGGUGUCAUGUUCGGACUGAGCUUCCAGGAUGAAUUGCCCCGAUAGACGCCAAGUUUGACGUAGCGCGAUGCUAGCCACCAGGACGGCUGAGGAUGAGUCCCCGGAGGUGGAGGAGAUGGACACACUGGAGCCCAACUGGUGCUGGUUCUACCUGGCCGAGUGCGGGGUGUGGCACAUGUUUGAGAUCGACCCGAGCGCCGCCUGCUCCGUGACCAGUGCUCAGAUCGAGCAGUGCUACACCCGGAACCAGCGCGGCGUCAUGGAGUUCUACACGGCCAAGUACACGUACCGGCUGGACUUCUCGGUCAUGCGGCAGGUCAACUUGACGACGGGGAAGCAGCGGCCGAUCAAGCGCUCCCUUCACUCGGCAACGGGUUUCAGGUUCAUUUGCGACAACCUGGCCUUGCCCGUGCCGUGUCACUGGGAGAGGAUCAACACGGACGAGCCCUAUCAGCUGGUCCAGUUGGGCCGAGACACCUACGAGUUUAAAGAAGUGGGCCGACUGUACGAAAGGACAAUGGAUCGACCCAUCAAAUCCAUCCAGAGGAUUCAGAAUUUGGACUUGUGGGAAUUCUUCUGCAGGAAGAAAAGGCAGCUGAGAAAAGUGAAGCGCACUCUUGAUAUUGAAGAGCGGAUGCUUUUCCACGGCACGGGGCACAACAACAUCCAGGCCAUCUGCAUGUUUAACUUUGACUGGCGUCUCACGGGAAGCAACGGCGACGUCUACGGGAAAGGCAGCUACUUCGCCCGGGAUGCCAAGUACUCCAGUAAGUUCUGCCACAACACGGGCAAGCACAACAACAACCUGCAGCGGCACGGGCUGGCGCCCCCCAUUUUCGCCAGCGAGCCGUCCUACAAGAGCAUGUUUUUGGCACGGGUGCUGGUGGGCGAGUACACGCUGGGCCACCCGCUGUACUGCCGCCCGCCCUCCAAGGACACCAGCCUCACCAACUUCUUCGACAGCUGCGUGGACGACACGGCCAACCCGAAAAUAUACGUCAUUUUCGACAGCAAUCAGAUCUACCCGGAGUACCUGAUCGAGUUCUACUGAGAUCGUGGCGCACUCCCGUCGCCUGGAGUGACGAGCACUUCAAGUGACGUCAUGGCAAUUCUGUGCCUAAGUAGAGCAUGAAUAAUCUCAAGUGCCUUUGAUGAGGACAAUGACAUCGCUGUGGGGACUUUGUUUUUCCACUGCGCCCACCCUAGGGAUAUUGAUGAAAAAUAGCUCUGGCAAAGAAAAAAAUAGUCAUGAAACUUCACUGAUAAAUCCUCGUGGCUGUUUUGUGCAUAUGUAUUGGCGCUGAACAUCCCUCAUGGUCUCCACAUGUGUAGCACUGUGUUGACAAUUAACCGCAACACGGAAUGUCGCUUUGCUAUGUGUGCAUCACAAAUCAUCUUGUUAAGAUGUCGCAUUUCUUUGUGCGUCUGUGUACACCACAGCGAUCUUGAGGAGAAGAGCAAGUGACGGAAUUCGCCACAAGGUGGUGCAAUAGUACAAGUAUGGUUUCAGAGAAACUUAGUCAAAUUAUGUUCAGAAAUUUGUGUAAUUUGCACAUUAUGUGACUAAUAAAUGUUUUAUUUGCAUUGAGCAAGUUGAGGUGAAGUUGGAUAAAUAUAGAGCUGAAUUUGUCUUGUAAUUAUCAGAUAACAGUCCAAAAUAAACGCAGUGCGUUGUGUGAUGCU